UCAAAGCCGUUAGCGGACUGCUAUCGUCAGUCAAAUGUCCAGUGCAUCAGCUCAUGUGCAGGAUUAACGAGCUUUCCAAAUUCCAACGUCCAAAAAAGGAUGCGAUUGCUGAUGGUUUAGUUAAGUAUUUCUAAAAAAGAGAAGAGGACAACGAAGAAAAAGUUAUUUUUUCAGAGAUUGUUCUUUGAAAUUAAGUUGUUGGCCUCCUUGGAACUCUCCCGUGAUGCCUGAGGUUCGGGAGCUUUCAGACGCGCUGCCGGAGAUGCCCAUGGAUCCCAUCACCGGUGUGGGAGUAGUGGCCUCCAGGAACAGGGCGCCAACCGGAUAUGAUGUGGUUUCCCAGACAACAGAUGGUCUGGAUGCUGACCUUUGGAAAGACGGUCUCUUCAAAUCCAAGGUGACACGCUACCUCUGCUUCACCAGAGUCUUCUCCAAAGAAAAUAGUCAUUUAGGAAAUGUGCUGGUGGAUAUGAAGCUUAUUGACAUUAAAGAUACCCUGCCUGUAGGGUUCAUUCCUAUACAGGAGACUGUGGAUACACAGGAGCAGGCCUUCCGGAAGAGGAGGCUGUGUAUCAAGUUUAUCCCUCGGGACUCCACAGAGGCAGCCAUCUGUGAUAUUCGGAUUAUGGGGAGGUCCAAGCAAGCCCCACCACAGUACACUUUCAUAGGAGAGCUGAACAACAUGGGGAUCUGGUAUCGCAUGGGUAAGGUCCCACGGGCCCAGGACUGCCAGCAGAUUCCGACCACCAACAACAUCCAGAACAUCAACUCAACAGCAAACUCAGUCCCAACGGCUCCAAUGCCCAAGCAUAUAUCUAUGACCCUACCUGCCAGUUUCAGAGGAAAGAAUACAACCAGACCAGACUACGAGCAUCAGAACUCCAACCUGUAUGCCAUAUCAGCAAUGGAUGGAGUGCCUUUCAUGAUUUCUGAGAAGUUUUCAUGCGCCUCCAGCGAUCUGCAACAAGUGGAUUUGAUGGGUAUCACAAUCAAGUCCUUGGCAGAAAUCGAGAAAGAGUAUGAGUACAGUUUCCGUACAGAGCACAGCGCUGCGGCCCGACUGCCCCCUAGUCCUACACGUACUUCCCUGGGCUCCGAGGCCUGAGACCCUGCUCCUCCAUCACCUCAUCCCCCAACCCCCACCCCUACCGACAGGAGGAGCGAUUCACAAACUACUGAGAACCAGCCCCACGUUUCGCUAAAAGAGAGAUGGAAGAAAUGUGUUUCCUUGUCAGUCCUCCUGCCGUUCUCUUCUCCCUCUUCUACACUGUCAUGAGUACAGUAUAGGCCCUCUCAAUGGACAGUCAGUUUCCCUACGCAACAAGAGCAAGAACAAACAAAAACCUUUUAGCCCUUUUUUUUGGGGGGGGGGGGGGGGGGAGUUGUGGUCGGUCUUUUCUGUUUUUACGUUUCUGUGCUGCUGAUUUUGAAAAGGAGGGAACCACUACGAUACAAAGGGACAAAACUUUUUGAAAGGAAACGGAAGAAGGAAAACGAGGGGAGUGUGGCCUGACCAGCUCCUGUGUGUGGUAAGCAGCUACAGGAACACAACUGGAAUCACAGCCACAUCUGGAGAGAUGCAGUAUCUAGCCUUGUUGUGUAUGAGUGAUACACAAGUACCAGUCAAACAGCAAGGCGUAUUUGACAAGUACACUCCCUCCCCAUCUCCAAUAGGAACUCUGAAAAGUCCUACACCCUCUGUGGCACCCAUUCACACUUGGGGGGGGGGGGGGGGGUCCGUCAGAACUGUGAUCAAACAACAUAUACCUGGCAAAAUGAUGAGGUUUGCAAACGUGCUGGUCUCUCUUUCUGCCUUUUUGGAAGCAUGGAAUUUGGAUUCUUCACGAAUAAAAGCAGCUUGACCGGAUGUCAUUGGAAUUACAUACAGUUAAACCAAGCUAAUAUGUAUGUAAAAGAAAGACAAAGGGGUCGCAACAAAAUUAUUUUUGAAUUGUUCACCGAUAAUCUUGUGGCUAUCAGAGUUGUUUGUUUCUCGUUCUUUUUGGUGUUACAUGUUUUCUUUGGGUGUUUGAAUGAUGUUGUCGUUUCGGUGUUAUUGCUGUUGUCCGUGGCCAUUAUGUAAACCACUCCAUAUAUUAUUUCUUUCUGAUCUGAGCCACUCAUUGGGUUGAAAACAGAAUCACUAGUACUGUUCAGAGCUACGCAUAUAAUUUCAAAUAUGUGAAGUGUACUUGUUUCAGUUUUCUCUGUUCAUCUAGAAUCAGUUGAACUGAACUCAGAAUAGAAACUCAAAUAUUUGUUUUACUCACAGGUCAAAUUUUUUCUUCAUGUUUUUAAAAGUCUUGCCAGUGCAAACUUGUGAGAAUGCUGUAUAACAUACCACUACAUAAAUUAAGUACUUUUAUGCACCAAUAGAUUUUACUGUUACAGUAACUUUUUUCAGUGUCUUAUCAUAGUUCCUUUUAUGAGUAUUGCUAUAUUCAAGGCUGUAUUUUGUACUUCUCACAAAAUUCAUUUUAUAUUUUAGAUAAACACACUGCUUUGUUUUAACAAGCAAAUUACCAGGCUAAGGGAGUCCAUUCUUGCAACAAGGUCUAGAGGUUGCAAUAGAAAAUGUUGCUGCAAUAUCUACUUUUUUUUUACAGAAAUAAAAUGUUUUAUUGUGUUUUAAGUACCUCUAUACUGUCUGUAUUCAAACAGGAUAAUAUGGUAUUUUGCUACAGCAAGAACUAAUCUUAUGUUGACUCCUCUUAGGUCACAAUGCAAUGUUUUAUUAAUUUUAGAUUGUAGAGGUCUUCCACUAGUUAACACAUAUAAUUUGUAUAGAUACCUGGAAAUACAUUAAAUAGAUAUCCAAUGUUCUACUUGUUCAACAUCGGUGGACAUACACUUUUAUGCCAGUAUUCUCCCAGCACUGCCUCGACUCUCGACUAUUCAGUUUAGCCUAUUAGAAAUGCAUAUUUUAAGAUGUUUGGGUUCAAAGGUUAGAAUUUGUAUGUUCACCAAGACUCCUGCCUUUUUCACCCUUUUGUUACACCACAACCACUUGUCUUUUCAAACCACUGAUUUUAACCUCUUGAGUUUGCUGGGGGCUGCAUAUCACUUAAGCCGUCAGGUCCCUCCUCCUUUAAAUGCUUGGAUGUUUGUACAUGUUGUCUUGCGCCACAGUGUUAUACUAAGAAGGUUCAGCUUCUUCUUUACAUUUAAUUUAAUUCUGUUUAACCUCUGUUGCAUUCUUGUUGUUUUCUUUUUACCAAGCAUGAUGACACUUGUUCUACAACGAAAAUGUGCUCAUCUUUUACUGUUUGUCAUGUUGAAGCAUCAUAUUUUUGAGUUGUGUCUUCACAGAACUUUGAGAUUGAACAUUUUCAUAAUGUAAUAUUUAGGAAAAUGUGUUGCACUGCUUUAGAUUGAUUCAGUAUUUGCUGUUGCCGUAGGAGCUUUGUUGAACUGGGAAAUAUCCAUGUGUAACUUGUCAUCACGUUGCUUGUCAGUAUAUCUUCCACUCGUAAAUGCCCAUACUUGGGUUCGAACUAGGUUCCUCUGACUUGCACGUGAUGACCACCUCUCAGAAACUCAGUGUCCAGCUAUGCCACCGAAAAGUGUUUUUUUUUUUUUUUUUUUUUUUUUUUUUUAUGGCUCGGAUGAGCGGCAUUUAUACUGAGUGAGUUCAACCAUCUAUGUGGUUAUACAUGCAAAAUGGAUGCUUUUCAACACUUUCAUGCCAAUGUAUGCUUAUCCGCUUACAGGUAUUCCUCAACCACUUUUGUUGCAUGAAAAUAAUCUGGUAGUCUGAACUGUGGUCUGGAAAUACAUUCUUGUGAUUUAAAAGUAUUUUCUUUGUGUUAACAUCGAGUAAGUGGAAAAAAACAUCGAGUACUAAUGCGGAUGGACUUAUGCAUAUAUACUAAAAAGCGAAUUAUUUCAGGAUGAAUUUUUUUUUUGUCCAGGGUAGUUGGUUAUGAGCAUAUGUGGGUUCCACAUAGUUUGGCCAAAAGCUCACUUUCUGUGUUCAUGAAUGAAGUCCUGUAGUUUGCAGCAUGACAGAACCUGAAUUUGGUUCCAAGUUAGCCACUGUGCUGUUUGGUUGCAUCCCAGCGCAGAUUCUCAGUACCUCCCCCAGGACCUGAGCAGCAGCAGCAUCUCUCCUUUUGAGGUAACAUCACCUGGGAUCAAGGUUAGGUUCCAUAUGGGCCACCGGUUGUUGGUCAGCACUGAUAUGUUAACAAGUUGAUAUCUUGAUGUCUGUGAAUGUUCAGUGGGCACUCAGCCCACGCCUAUGGGAAUUCAACAACAAAAAAUAGGUACAAAAAAACUUGUCUGUUUUCUGUUAUCACAACAAGACAUUCACUGAGAUUUUGUCUCAGAACUUAAUGUGUAAACAUCAGACCCACCGCAAUGGGAGGAUUCUGGUGUGGAUUAGCUACUUUUUUUUUUUGAACCCUUUUGGUUCAAAGCACUUUCCAUCGUGUGUCGUGGACGGUAAAAGCUGUUGCCGGGCUAUUAGUGUGACCGUCCUGAUUUGACUUGCUGUGAGCGUUUUGUGGUGUUCGGUUAGGUGUGAGUACACAACCUGCCACAGUUGAGCUCUAGCUUUAUGUUGCAGUUUACUGUACCAACAUUCUCAAACAUAUGUUAUUGGCACUAACUUAUUACUCUGUGCCUAAAAUGUACUUUCUUCCUUCUGGUAGUGAUGCCCUAUAAUUAAAUUAGUUCUGUGCAAACUUGGUUCCCUCCUUCUCAUGUCUUUUACCACCCAUAUGGUUUAAUGGAAACUAGUUGGAACAACAGACAGGAAGAGAAACUUUUCAACUUUGUUGGUUCUAAUCUGCAAGUGACUUCUAAGAUUUACUAUACCUCCCGUCACACAAAUAAUCAGACACACAUGCAACUGUGGCAACAAAUCAAGUUUGCAAUUUGUCCAUCCUUAUUUUUUAUUUAUUUUUACACAUUGAUUUGUGUAAUUGAUCCUGAGCUGAGAUACCAGAUCAAGACCAUAACUUUUUCCAGGUCAUGUUGUUAACCUUUUCCCCUCUUUCACAUUGUCUGUAAGCUAUUCAGUGUUUUGUCAUUUUGUCACACAGAACCCAAUUUACAGACCAAUUCUAAGAACGAGAACAGACUGUGCUGAUGCUGCUGGUGAUUGUCAAAUAUUGCAUCUCUGGUGUUAGUUGGCCUUCACUGUAUUCGUAAGCCCAUGUGAGGAACUCGCUACCCGAUGGUUUUCAUCUCUGAAUUACGUUUACAAUGAAAUGGAAACAUGGUCAAUUUAUAAAUGGUGCCCUUCAUUAUUAAUGUUACAUAAAAGCCUUUGUUGUCAAAUUAAGUUAUUGUAAACUUUACACAGUGGAUCCAAAUGCAAACCCAUUGCAAACUUGGAAAAGUAUGUUCCAUAUGGUAUAGAACAACUUUUCAGAAUUAUAGCUGUACAUUAACAUUCUUGAUGUGAUUAAGAAACAAAACAGGUAUCCAUUGUAUCAUUUUUUUUAUUUAUUUAACAUCCUGUUGUCUUAAUUGAUAUUUACAAAGGGACAAGUCAUUGUGCGCUUGUUUGUCUGUAUUAACACGUUUUGAAUAAAUAAAACUUUCAUAAAAUGGAA